CCUAGGGAUGUCACUGGUGAAAAAUCUGAGGAGUCUCACUGCUGCGGGUCCUCGCGCCGUAGUCACUUGGGACAAGGCUGAACGCAUACAACGAAAUGAAGAGAUCUGGGCCAAUCCUGAAUCGAUAGUCCAUCGACUUCCUGAGCAUUAUUGUAGAAGGUAUUGGGAAAACUUACUAAGGGAUGCGAAACCCGUGCACUAUCGCCCACCAGUGUCACGAUUCUACUGGGAUCCUGUGAGAAAAGUGGAGGUCGAGGCAGAAAACUAUCCUCUGCUUGUGCUGCACCCACCAGAAGCUGAUGAGGGUUUGUGGGGUGGUGAGGGUGUUGUCAAAGGCUGGAAGGAGUCACGUCCUUACACGAAGAAAAAAGUAUUGCCAAGGCACUGGGUGCCCAGACUCUAUUUUCCCGCCUUGAAACCAGCUAUUCUAUACUCUGAGAUUCUUAAUAAGCACAUGAAGAUCACUGUUACCGAACGUGCACUGCGUUUGAUUGAUCAGCAUUUUGGGCUCGACUACUACAUACUUCGUACACCUGAAAUUGAUCUAGCGUCCAAACUAGGCAAUAGGCUCAAACGAGAAAUGCUACUUACGCUUGCAAAUGAAAACUACUAUCCUGAAGAUGAAGAACACCAUAAUUACAUCAAACAGAAGUACGCGGAGUUUGUGAUCCCAGCAGAAGAAGCGGAGUGGGUUGGUUUGGAUCUCAAUGAAGCUGCACGAAAGCAGCAGAUGCUUGAAGAGCAGCAAGUUCCUGAGCCCAUGAAGUACACAUUUGAGAGGGAGCUAGUGGCACGAUUACAAGCUGGAACGGAUCUUAUUGCAAAUGAGGAAGAGUUCGCUCCGAAAACGGAAGAAAGUAAAUUUGGCGAACGGCUUCUUGGAAAGUAUCUCAAUCCUGUGGCGAAGCGAUUGCGGAUUCGAGUUGCGUUCUACAUGUGCUUACGGCCAAGUGCGUGCUUGUGGAGGACAGUUGUAAGGCGAAUUGCUUCGAAAGAAGAACAUUUUGCAGUGCGCGCGGGGCUGUACAAGGACCCCCAAAAGAUCCUAUUCGUACAUGAUGAUCAGAUCGUGCCAUAUGGAGAUUUUAUGGUACGUACAGGAAGAUACGCCAGCCUAUUAAACAGCAAGUAUGAUAUCAGCAAAGGUGACAGAGUUUUGUGCAGAACGAGUAAAACACUGGACUCCGUGGCAUUGUAUAUGGCAUGUCUUCAAAUAGGAGCUAUUUAUAUACCCGUAAAUCCCGCUUAUACUCGCCAUGAAACGAAGCACUAUGUUAAGGAUUCGACUCCAAAGCUCCUGGUCACAUGUGACGAAAACAAAGACAAAACGUUUGAAGAUACGGUACCCAAUGUUCAACAUGAAAAAACACUAUCUGCGGAGGCUCAGAGUGCCCCGGUCGUCUUGGACGUGGAGAAUGUGGAAAGUAGUGAUGUCGCUUGUGUUUGCUACACAUCUGGCACUACCGGUCUUCCAAAAGGAGCUAUGUUGACUCAUGGAUCAUUAGCUGCAAAUGCUGAAGCUCUUGUGCAUGCAUGGAGAUUCAAACAAAACGACAAAUUACUCCACAUGCUUCCUUUCUAUCAUGUACACGGCAUGUUCAUUUCCCUCAAUUGCUCACUAUUUUCGCACUCUACGGUUGUAUGGAGAGAACAAUUUUCCAUUGGAGACUGUCUGAAGUGGCUUCCAUCAUCAACAGUCAUGAUGGGUGUUCCUACAUAUUAUAGUCGUCUGCUUUCAACGUCCGAACUGAUCAGAGACGUCGUACCUCAUAUGCGUUUAUUUGUCAGUGGUAGUGCUCCUCUUUCAACUCCAAUCUGGGAAGAAUUUAAGUCCAGAACCGGGCAUGCUAUCCUAGAACGUUAUGGCAUGACUGAAGCGCAAGUCAUCUGCUCGAAUUUAUACGACGAUCGUCGUCCUGGUACAGUAGGAAAACCCAUUGGGGACACAAAGCUUCGUAUAAAUGACGAGGGAGGUAUAGAAAUACAGUCAUCGUCACUAUUUGCUGGAUACUGGAAGAAUCCGAAGAAAACUGCCGAAGAUUUUACUGAAGACGGUUACUUCAUCACUGGGGAUAUUGGAGCAGUUGAUGAAGAUGGUUUUUUGCGGAUACUUGGUCGGUGUAAGGAUCUCGUAAUCUCUGGAGGAUAUAACGUGUAUCCAAAAGAAGUGGAGGAUUGCAUCGACAGACUUCCAGAUGUCAAGGAAUCCGCAGUCAUUGGUGUUCCACAUAAAGAUCUUGGCGAAGCACCAGUAGCAGUAGUAGCUAUGAGCUCUGAGAAAUUUUUAGAUGAAGAAGUUAUGGAAUCAAAAAUCAUAGAAUCUCUGAAGGAAGUACUUGUGAAGUACAAGGUGCCAAAACGAGUCGUCUUUCUACCAGAACUCCCAAGGAACACUAUGGCAAAGAUACAAAAGAACGUCCUUCGAGAGCAGUACAAGCACCUCUGUGAUAAGUAGCUAUUAGUAAUAAGUAGUCUUCCGUACAGUAUAAGCUACCUCGCUUAGCAAAGCCAUGACACCAUAGAUUCUACUUAUGAGUGCAUUCCUCUUCUAAAUAGUUGCCAUACAUCUGCAUUUUUUCUUUGUAGAUGAUUUUGAAGUAUUGUACUCGUGCCGUGUAACUGAGAUGUUGCAUCGAAGCAGAUGAGAUAGUUUUAUGAUUUUUGACUGAAUCUCCCUAACCACAGUGUUUUUCUACAUUCUGAGUGAAUUUCUAUACAAAUCUGAUAAAUGUAAUUGAGCU